GCUACCGCCACCGCCACCGCUACCGCCACCACCGUUACCGCCGCCGCCGGGAGCACAGCGCGCCUCGGGUCCGCGGGCCUCCAGCUCCCGGCCCGCUCUCCGGCCCAGCCGCGCCCGCCAGCUCCGCCGCGGAGCCCCGGCCCGGCCUCGGGCCGCCGCCACCACGCCGCGCGCCGUACUCCGCGUCAAGAAUGGGGCGGCCAAGCUGCCCAAGCCGGCCGCCGCCGCCGCCGCGGCCGAGGCGCCCGGCGCCGGUGCGGGCAUGGAGCGCUCGCAGAGCCGCCUCAGCCUGUCCGCUUCCUUCGAGGCGCUCGCCAUCUACUUCCCGUGCAUGAACUCCUUCGACGACGAGGACGCGGGGGACAGCCGGAGGUUGAAGGGGGCCAUCCAGAGGAGCACGGAGACGGGCCUGGCGGUGGAGAUGCCCAGCAGGACGCUGCGCCAGGCCAGCCACGAGUCCAUCGAGGACAGCAUGAACAGCUACGGCUCUGAGGGCAACCUUAACUAUGGGGGAGUUUGCCUGGCAUCGGACGCCCAGUUCAGUGACUUCCUGGGCAGCAUGGGGCCAGCACAGUUUGUGGGCCGCCAGACCCUGGCCACCACGCCGAUGGGGGAUGUGGAGAUCGGCUUGCAGGAGCGGAACGGUCAGCUUGAAGUGGACAUCAUCCAGGCUCGGGGACUGACGGCCAAGCCCGGCUCCAAGACACUGCCAGCGGCCUACAUCAAAGCCUACCUGCUAGAGAACGGCGUCUGCAUUGCCAAGAAGAAGACCAAAGUCGCUCGCAAGUCGCUGGACCCGCUGUAUAACCAGGUGCUGCUGUUUCCAGAGAGUCCCCAGGGCAAAGUCUUGCAGGUGAUCGUGUGGGGGAACUACGGGCGGAUGGAGCGGAAGCAGUUCAUGGGUGUGGCCCGCGUACUGCUGGAGGAGCUGGACUUGACCACCCUGGCCGUGGGCUGGUACAAGCUCUUCCCCACCUCCUCCAUGGUGGACCCAGCUACGGGCCCCCUGCUCCGGCAGGCAUCCCAGCUGUCCCUUGAGAGCACCGUGGGGCCCUGCGGCGAGCGAUCUUAGUGCCAGGGAGGGGGAGGGGCUCCCCAAGAUGGUCUGGAGACCGCCCAGCCCCGACCUGGGACCCCAGGCCCAGGGGCACAUUGAACAGAGGAGGAUGGGGUUCUCCCCCCACAGCGGGGAAGCAGAACGGGGAGACCUGCCCCCUCAGGGCCCCUCCUCACCCCUUCUUUUCCUCCUAUCCCCUGAGACCUUCCCUCUCCCGAUGGGAUUGGCUGCACUUUUGACUUGGCUGGUUCUUGACCUGGUGGAUGUGGCUGCAAUCCGGAGAAAGGAAAGACCGAGGUGGCAGAGCAAACCAUCCUCCUGCCCCAGACACUGUCCGACCGCUCCCCCUUUUUGCCUCCUUGGAAGCUCGCUGCCCGGAGCCAAGUCCAGAACCCAGCGGCCAUCUCCAUGGUGCCAAUUACCAGCAAGUGUCUUUCCUGCGGCACCGGGUUCAGGCAGCUACUCCUGCCCCAGAGCCUAUGGGGCAGCUUUGCAAGGAUCCGGAGCCAGCUCCGGGGGGCCCCAAGCCCCUGACUUGAAGAGGAGCUCAGGCCUCCCUCCACCUGCCCGUGGAAGGAGCUUUGCCGCAGCCUGUUCGAGUCUAUCUGUCUGUCCCCUGCCUGCCCCUCUUAUGGUGGCUCUAGGACUUGGGGUCCUUCAGGGACCAGAGGAUAGGAGGGGUGCCCUGGGCCUGGCAUAGACCCCCAGGGUACCUGCCUCUGUGGGAUUGCAACAACCUAGUUUGCAAACCGUUAGUGGACUGGACAGAACUCUUGUCGCCUGUGUUUUAGCAGAGGAGCUGUGGGACCCCGAUUUUUGAGAACCCCAGCUCCAGAGAGCUCACCGUCUCUGAAUUUUGGGGAUGUGGGAUUGGAGAGGGAGUCUGAGGAAAGCUGGGCUUGGGACUGGUGGUGCCCAGGCGAGGGUUUCCCAAGUAGGAGAAUCCCUCCUUGCUGGAUGAGGUCAAAGGUUAUCUUGUCUGGCCCUCUGCCUCCAGGCUAAGGGUCUGGGGAGGCAACAGAGCUCCCCAAUUUUAGUCUUUUUAAACAAACCAUCCUGUACUAAGGGCAGAACCCACUGCCCCGGCCUCAGUGACCUUGGCUCAAGGAGAGAAAGAGAGUGAGGAGAGGCAUGAGUGUGAGAAUUGGGAGGUUCCUUCUCGAGCAGGCCUGGGGCCCUCCCCGGGGCCUUCACAAGCCCUUUUGCAUGCUGGGGAGGACGCAGGCUGGCCCCCCUCUCUAGAAGCACAUUUCUGCCACCUUCGCCCAGCCGCCCACUCCCCAUACCCCCCUCAUUACCCAGUCCUGCUGUGUAGGGCAUAGUCCUGGUUAGCCGGGUAGGGUUAGUGUGCCAGGCCCUGUGCCUGCUCUUAGCUCACAUAGAGUCCUUACAGAGUCCCCAGACGGGGCGAGAGGAGAUGGAGUGCAUUCCAGGAGACGGCCUUUCCCUCCUCGAUGGCCUGGCCUGGGCCUCGAUCUGGAGCCUGGUUCACACGGGAGGCCGCCCCCCAGCCCCCGCUGCCCCCCUUCCCCCUCCCCUCCCCU